GGAGAGAGAAAUCCCAAAAAUGACAUCUCGGCUGCGGUGGAGCAGGGAACGACUGAGACCCUGAGGAAGGAAAGAAGUCAGAGCGAGAUCUCAUCUUCAGGAUCUGAGCCCCAGAAUCCAAAAGACGCAGCAGAAAGACGCAGCAGAAAGGCGCAGCAGACAAUUACGCACGGUCUCCCUGUGGAAGCUCCUGCUUCAGCGCGGACUUUUAUCGUCUCUUUGGAAAUGUAGUUGCCUCCUUGAGAUAAUCUCCAGAGGACAGUUGCCCUGACUAGUUGAUGAGAGGAGUGCGAGGAGCUGCGCCUCCGUUUCCUGUGUUCCGCCGCUGCAGCAGCUGGGCUGGAGAAGCCCCGCAGCGCUGACCGAAGAGCGGUCCUGCUUCCCCGCUGCAAAACCACGUCCAGUCCUCCGCCAGCCCUCCGCCAAAAGUCCGUGGAAGAAGAAGACAGAAAAAUGUGCGACAUGAUGCCCGCCUCCAAGCCCGCGGAGAAAAUCGGCAAAAUGAAAAAGUUGAGGAGAACUUUGUCCGAGAGUUUCAGGAGCAUUGCAUUCAAGAAAGAAGACAGCGGCUUUGAUGAGAUAUGUUUCACAAAGAUGUCCACACGCAGCUGCCAGGGAACAGACUCGGUCAUCAAGCCCCUGGACACCAUCCCUGAGGACAAGAAGGUGAGAGUUCAUCGCACGCAGAGCGGCUUCGACCCGUUCGAGAAGCCUGCCAGUCAGGUGAAGAGGGUCCACUCCGAGAACAAUGCCUGCAUCAGUGCCAAGAGUUCCUCCAGCGGCAAGGAGUCCCCCAAACUGCGCCGACACUCCAGCCCCAGUUCUCCCACAAGCCCCAAGUUUGGGAAGGCAGAUUCCUAUGAAAAGCUGGAGAAGCUGGGAGAGGGAUCAUAUGCUACAGUGUACAAGGGGAAGAGCAAGGUGAACGGCAAACUGGUGGCUCUGAAGGUGAUUCGUCUACAAGAGGAGGAGGGAACGCCCUUCACAGCCAUAAGAGAAGCGUCUCUUCUGAAAGGCCUGAAGCAUUCGAACAUCGUGCUCCUCCAUGACAUCAUCCACACCAAGGAAACCCUGACUCUGGUCUUUGAAUAUGUGCACACGGACCUGUGUCAGUACAUGGACAGACACCCUGGGGGCCUCCAUCCAGACAACGUGAAGCUGUUCCUGUUCCAGUUACUCAGAGGCCUGUCCUACAUUCACCAGAGGUACAUCCUCCACCGCGACCUGAAACCACAGAACCUGCUCAUCGGCGACACCGGAGAGCUCAAGCUUGCUGACUUUGGCCUGGCCAGAGCCAAGUCGGUCCCCAGCCACACGUACUCCAACGAGGUUGUGACCCUGUGGUACCGGCCUCCAGAUGUCCUGCUGGGAUCCACAGACUACUCCACCUGCCUGGACAUGUGGGGAGUGGGCUGCAUUUUCAUUGAGAUGAUCCAAGGAGUGGCUGCCUUUCCGGGGAUGAAGGACAUCCAGGACCAGCUGGAAAGGAUAUUCUUGGUCCUUGGCACUCCAUCCGAGGACACCUGGCCAAGUGUUUCCUCCCUGCCUCACUUCAAACCAGAUCGCUUUACAGUGUACAGUGCUAAGAAGCUCAGACAAGCAUGGAAUAAGUUGGGUUACGUGGACCAUGCUGAGGAGUUGGCCUCCAGAUUCCUCCAGUGCUUCCCAAAGAACCGCCUGUCGGCCCAGGCAGCGUUGAACCAGGAAUACUUCAGUAACCUUCCUCCGCGGCUCUGGGAGCUGCAGGACAUGUCUUCUAUCUUCACUGUACCAAAUGUCAAGCUGCAGACAGAGAGCGGGGACAGCAUACAGGUGUGUGCACGGAGGAACAGUCAUGGAAAAGCUUCCUCUGGCAGCAAACACUGACCUGAGGCAGUAUCCUGCACAUGACUGCCUGACAGGCUGCCGGUUUAAAAAGACCUGAAGAUGCUGAGAUUGAGGAUCCAGAUGAAUGAAAGAGCCCCAGUUCUCUUUAUUUAUUACCUUCACAAUUUGUGUGUGUGUGUGUGGGUGUGGGUGUGUGUGUGUGUGUGUGUGUGUGUGUGUUUGUAUGUGUGUGUGUGUGUGUGUGUGUGUGCGAGAGAGAGAAAGAAAGAGACACUGAGAGAGAAAGAAAAUUGAGAAGAUAUGAAUGCAUUAUUGCAUUAUGAACGGUACUUACGAUUUCAGUUUAUUAUUUGCAAAUUUUGUUUACUUUUUAUAAGGCUCCAAUGAAUCAUAUAUCAUUGUCACAGUAUAAGCGAAAGGUCUUUACUAUUGGUACAUAUUGUGUUUUGUGUUUGUAACUAGCCUCCUAUUUAAGAAUGUAUAUUUGUACGUAUGAUAUACUCAUCGAGAAACUAUACAAUGGACAGUUUUAAUAUUGUUUCAUCUCCUCACCAUUAAACUGCUCUGCCAGGACACAUAACACGACAAACACAUAUCAGAGACAUGCAUAUGAGCAAAACGGCAUCUUGAAAAUAAGAUGCAUAGAUUGAAAGACAAAUUGGUUGGUUUUCCGUUUUCUAAUCUUAUCUUUAGUGAGUGGAAAAGCUAAUAAUAAGACAAUAAUAGUGGAGGGCUCUCAGCGGGUUGGACACAUCCUCUGGCAGCCAUAUUGGAGGUCCAUGGUUGUUUGGAACCUGAAAGCAGCUGUAAAUGUAGAACUUGGUUGAGCCAGCCGUCAAGACAUGGGUGAAUAUUAUCGGCUUUUGUCAGAUCAUCAUUAUAGUAUCACUCAGAUUAAAACGUUUGUGAAUCCGAUUUGACACCGGUACUAAAAUGUUAUCUCAAUUGAUCAGAAUCGAAGGACACAAGUGAGAACCUGCUUGUAGGAAAAACAUUAGUAACACAAUUUCCUGCGGACCUCCAUGAUGGAACCACAGCUGGCUGAUUUGAGUUUUGUGUUGCAAACGAAAAGCCACUCCAACUCCAGGAGAUGUUGAUGGUGCACACAUACCAGGGACUGCACCAACCUGUAUAUGUAAGAAUAAAGGCUAUAGACGCAAUACCGUAAUGGACAACAGCCGCAAGUGUGUGCGUCUGAUAGAGACGUGUGUGUGUGUGUGUGUGUGAGAGUGUGUGUCCUCGUGAGUGUAUUAAACAUGGGCAAUAGCAAAGCAUUGGUGCUUCCAUCCAUGUAAAUGAGCUAAUGUACAAAAUGUAAAACACCAAGGCAAUAGGCUGUUGUUUGAUUUGGCCCAAGACAAUCCUCCCCUUCACUUUCGUUGAUACCAUCAAAAGAUCUGCAAUAUUCUAUCAGAAACGGAUGAUCUAUGUCAAUAACCCCAACCCUGCAUCCAGCUCAUGAGUCACAUGUUAUAUUGAACUGGUGCUUUUCUUUUAUGAUGAAUGGCAGAGGUGAUUCCUGUACGGUGGUGUGUAUGUGCAGUAUGAGUUAUUGCGGCGGUGAGUAACUUUGAUCAGUCACUCCAUCGCCAACAUGUGUUCCCAUGCAGGGUCCCCCCCCCCCCCCC